CAGCUCUGAAGAGACCGCUUUCUAGUUAAAGAUGGCUGCUGAUACCUCUGUUGAAAUACUUCAAAAAGUUCUGGAGAAUGAAAUACUUCAGACUACCAAGGUUGUGGAAGAACACCUGGAUGCUGAAAUACAGAAGCUGGACCAAAUGGAUGAAGAUGAAUUGGAAUGCCUUAAACAAAGGAGGCUUGAGGCACUAAAAAAGGCGCAGCAGCAGAAACAAGAGUGGCUUUCAAAAGGACAUGGAGAAUACAGAGAAAUCCCAAGUGAGAGAGACUUUUUCCAAGAAGUCAAAGAAAGUAAAAACGUGGUUUGCCAUUUCUAUAGAGAUACAACGUUCAGGUGCCAAAUAAUGGACAAACAUUUGACUGUAUUGGCAAAAAAGCAUGUUGAGACAAAAUUCUUGAAAUUAAAUGCUGAAAAAUCUCCUUUCUUAUGCGAGAGACUGCGCAUCAAAGUAAUUCCCACUCUAGCACUAGUAAAAGACGGAAAAACACAAGACUAUGUUGUCGGCUUUACUGAUCUCGGUAACACUGAUGACUUCACUACAGAGACCUUAGAAUGGAGAUUAGGCUGUGCAGAUGUAAUUAAUUACAGUGGAAAUUUGAUGGACCCACCUUUUCAAAGUCAAAAGAAAUUUGGAACAAGCUUUACAAAGUUGGAUAAGAAGCCCAUCAGAGGAAAGAAAUACGAUUCAGAUUCUGAUGAUGACUAGAAGAACAGCUAAAUGUAUUUGUAAAUCAUCUUUUGUUUAUGCUUGGUACAUUUCUAAGAAUGUUUUUUAUAAAGCUUACUGCUUUACAUUACAUCUGCACAUAAUGCCCAUUUUUCUAUACAGUUUUAUACAACUGAGUCAUAGCAGAAAAAAAGCUUAAAUAUUUUUUUUUCUCUUUUGGAAGUCAUUUGUAAUUCAAAAAUCUAAGUCCUUCUAACUAACGUGGCAAAUGAUGAACUUCAUCUUAAGUAUAAGUUUAUGAAGUGUUUGAGUGUUUGGAAGUAACUGUAAGAACCAACUGUACCAAGUCAGACCAAAGGUCCCUCUGGCCCAGCAUCCAGUCUCAGUGGCCAAAAGCAGAUGCGCAAGGAAGAAUAAAAACAGGGUGAGCAGAUAGCAAUGCUUCCCCAGAAUAUACUUUAAGCAGUCUGUGGCUUGGGGAACUCUGUAUCUGA